AUGGCCGACGUAUGGGGAAUGCUCAAGAGGCAGUACUAUUACUGGGAGUCGAAACCUAGUUACCCAACUAGCAAUUCCGGUCACUACGGGAACUCCUACAACUCCAAUACAAAUGAGCGCAAUGCUGCAGCCAGCACGGAGACAACUUCAUCGGAUACCCAGAACGGUGCAUGGGAGCCAUCGACUACAACGUCCUUACCUCAGGCCAUUACUUCGCCCGAGUCGGCCUCACCAACUGAGCCACUGACCACCCUGAGCACCACGUUGAUUCUCCCCACAUCUCUCGAGUCGUCCGCCUCAUCGUCCUCGUCAGAUACAUCAUCCGAUACAUCGACGGCCGCGACAUCGUCGUCGACAUCGACCUCGUCUUCUAACUCUGCUGAUCAGUCCUCGACCACCACCACGGCUCCAGCAGCAUCGGCAACUACCGACUCGGCCGCGCUCGGCGCAGAGUCGUACUCCGGCGGUGGCGCAGGCUCGACUAAAACCAAGCUCGCCAUCGCGCUCCCCAUCGCCAUCGUCGGCCUCGCCACCGUCCUCGCCGCCUUCUUCUUCCUGCGCCGCCGUCGCCGCCGCCAACGCAAUGCCCACACGACCCUGGACUCCGAUAUGGCCGCCAGCCCUGCCACCGCCGUCUCAACCUCUGACCUAAUGUUCGCCCCCAAGGGCGGAACCCCAGAGCCUCCCCCUGCUGCUGCUGCACCUACACGAGCACCUGCACCUGCAACAACGACAACAACUAUAUCAGCAGGAGCAGCACCCCUCCCCAGCCUCCCAACCCUCGACCCCGCCAGUUCCCGCCCCCGCGCCCCCAGCGCCGCCGGCUCAACCGGUCGUGCUUCCGCAGUCUCCGGCCCCGCAGAGUCGCCGACCGAGCUCGGGACCGCCGUCGCCGUACCCAUGGACCAGCGGCGUAGCGCCACAGAACAGAAUCUGCGCUCGAGUCGGCCUGUCUCGGGGAUUAGUCCGCUAGACUUCCCCCGCUCGCCGUUCAAACCCCGCGAUGACGAUGCUGUCUCGGCUAUCUCGACGAUUCAUGAUCGCAGAGACCGGGAGCGGGAUUUUGAUGCCAUGUCGGCUGUUUCGUCGGUGCAUGAGGAUCGGCAGGACCCGAGGGCGAGGUGA